UCCGUCAAAACAUGGCGGAUAUUUAUUCAGAGAAAGCUGCACUUCGUAUAGGGAUUGUAGACGUCGUGAGCGGUUUAGUUAGCAUUGCAGUUGGAGCAUUUAGUACAAGAAAUGAUGACCACACAGUUAUAACACAGUUUAAACCCAAAGGGCUUCCAGUUUGGGCCGGAAUUCUUUUUGUUAUCACAGGAGCAAUAGGAGUUCUAACUUACAAGAAUCCAAGAAAAUGCUUAAUAAUAUGUUUUAUGAUGUUUUCAUCAUUAUGUGUUGGUGGAGCAGUUAUUGUAUUUUGGUGUAUUAUGCCUGUAUUAAUUGAUGGACAAGAAACUGUCGCAUGGAAUCUAUCCUAUGGAUCAUUUUUGGCUUUGACGGCAAUUACAUUUGURGUCAGUAUGAAAGCAAUAUAUUUGUGUUUUAAAUCAACUGUCAUGUAUGCUUGUAACUGUGUUAAAAGAAGGCCGCCGAGAGAGUCAAGGCAGGCAGCUGUACUGGAAUUAGGYACAACUUAUAGUUUAACUAGCCAUAGUGAGGAGAGAUCACUAAGGCGACAAGGAAGAUCAACACCAAGUCAUCGGGGCGCGUCAGGUUUAUGUCGGAGUCAAAGACAACACAGUCCGUACUCUUCGGAACGACGGCGGAGAUCACGUGAUCGAUACAGAGAAAGAUCUGCAAUACAUAUUACUCAAACAGAACAAUCAAGAGAACGACUUCCAUUGAACUUYGCACGAACAGUGCACCCCCCGGUACCGGUCGUACAUGUACAAAGACCUCCCCAGGCCCCACCUCCACCUCCACCUCCAUAUCAGACAAUGAAAUUCCCAUAUUUGCCUUCGUAUACAGAGGUUGAAGCAACAAUUGCACCCCCACCCCCAUAUACAGAAAAGUGACCCCCGGAAAUAGAACACUUAGAAAUUAUGAAAAUUCUAGAAAAUUGGGAUAGUGGGCUGAAAAACAUGAAUUUGAAGGAAAAAGGGGGGYCAWUGUAAGUUUAUAUUUUGUU